CCCGGGCAGUACGGGAGGUUGGUGCGGGGCUCAGUGUUGGAAGGGUCGGCGCUCAGCCUGGGAAACUUUCUGCCGACCGUGGAACUGCUACACCGGGCACGGAAACCAACGGGGCCCUGCGGCACCCCCGGCGCACAUUGGGCUGACACUGCCGCCUAGUGGCCAUUCUGCCUCCCUGCCGGCCGAACGGAGCGAUCCUCAGCGCUUACCCCGGAGCUACUGGUACCGACCCAUCCCCGGACUCUUCUGCUUUAUUGCACUAAAUGCCCUGGGGCGAAUUCCUGGGGUUCUCUCCUGGCACUGCCCCCUUACAUGGUCCCUAGACUGUACCCCCUUACUGCUGCCCCCCUUACAUGGUCCCUAGACUGUACCCCCUUACUUCUGCCCCCUUACUGCUACCCCUUACUGCUGCCCCCCUACCCCCUACUGCAGACUGAGACCCCUGAUACUGGCUCUUAGACUGAGCCAUUUGCUUUCUUACACUGACCCCCCCAGAUACCCUCUGCCCCAGCCCUGUAUUGCCCCCUUCUUGCACACACACUGGAUCCCCCCACACUUCUGCAAGACUGAGCCCCCCCUCUGUACAUACAGGCCGACCCCCCUGUAACUACACCUGAUGCCCCCCCUGCCCUCCUCCCUGUAAUAAAUACUCAGGAUUUUGCUACUGCCCCAUAGACCCUCCCAUCACACAAACCCCACUGUUGCUCCCUAUAAUACAAUGAGCCCCCCGGCACUGCCUCUCAAGUAACCCCUUUUAUUUUGCCUAGACUUUUGUUGCCCCCAUUCUGAGCCCCCUGGCACUGGUCUUACUCUGAGACCCCCCAACUACUCAGUCUGAGAACCCUGGCACUGGUCUUACUCUGAGACCCCCCAACUACUCAGUCUGAGCCCCCUGGCACUGGUCUUACUCUGAGACCCCCCAACUACUCAGUCUGAGCCCCCUGGCACUGGUCUUACUCUGAGACCCCCCAACUACUCAGGCUGAGACCCCUGGUUGUGCCCCUUACACUAGAAUCACCUAGCGGUGCCCCCGGCAGGUUCUCUUUCAGGACUAAAUACUUGGGAUUUUUGCCAUUGCCCCAGACUCCUGCCAUUGGACUGUUAUUACCCAGAACUCAAUUGCCCACAAAGCAUCCCAUGGACUGGCCAAACCCCAGGGACUGACCUAUUUCCUUGGCGUUAGUUUACCCCUGGCACCGAGCCACUCUCUGGAUUGGCACUGCCCUGGGCCCCCUAUGGAGGGAUCUCAGGAUGGUCUGUACCAGGAAAACCAAAACCUUAGUGUCCACCUGUGUGAUCCUGAGUGGCAUGACCAACAUCAUCUGCCUGCUGUAUGUGGGCUGGGUCACCAACUAUAUGGCCAACGUGUAUGUGCGGGUACAGGAGCCUUUGCCGGGCAUCAAGCUGGAGGAGGAUAAAGGGGAGACGAUCCGGAUUAUAGAGCGAUUGGACCGCCUGGAAAGUGUCAUUAACCAACACAUCCAAGAAGCGCCACCGAAAAUGGAGGAGGACGUCGAACCCUUCACUGACUCCAUUCUCUUUAAAACUUGGGGUCAAGAUCUGAGCCCCGAAAACCGCCGGGUGGCUUUCAAGCAGUUCCAGUACUACGGCUACAAUGCCUACCUGAGCGAUCGCUUACCGUUGGACAGACCCCUGCCGGACUUCCGGCCAGCUGGAUGCAAAAACCUCACAUUCCCUGAAGACCUACCACAAAUCAGUGUUGUCUUCAUCUUUGUGAAUGAAGCUUUCUCUGUUAUUCUGCGAUCCAUUAAUUCUGCUAUCAACCGAACUCCAGCCAAACUGCUCAAAGAGAUCAUCUUGGUGGAUGACAACAGCAGCAACGAGGAACUGAGGACGAAGUUGGCGCAGUACGUGGAGGAUUUUAACAAGCGGAAGCCUGGAUUCAUCAAGGUGGUCCGGCACAGCAAGCAGGAGGGGCUCAUAAGGUCCAGGGUCAGCGGCUGGAGGGCUGCAACGGCCCCCGUUGUGGCUCUGUUUGACUCACACAUUGAAUUCAAUGUGGGAUGGGCGGAGCCUGUGCUCCUUAGGAUUAAAGAAGACCGGACGCGUGUCAUAUCUCCCUCCUUUGACAACAUUAAUUACGAUGACUUUGAGCUGGAACAGUACCCCCUUAAUGCCCAGGGCUUUGAUUGGCAGCUGUGGUGCAGGUACCUGAAUCCCCCCAAGUCUUGGUUUAAACAGGAGAACAAAACCGCCCCUAUCAGAACCCCUUCUUUGAUUGGCUGUUUCAUUGUGGACAGACUGUACUUUGAAGAGAUUGGUUUGUUGGACGAAGGCAUGGACAUCUAUGGAGGAGAAAACGUGGAGCUUGCAGUUCGGGUGUGGCAGUGUGGUGGAAGCGUGGAGGUUAUACCCUGCUCAAGGAUCGCUCACAUCGAAAGGGCCCACAAACCCUACACGGGGCAGCUGGCCGAGCACGUCCGUAGGAACGCUCUGAGAGUGGCCGAAGUCUGGAUGGAUGAGUUUAAGAGUCACGUCUACAUGGCUUGGAACAUACCUCAGGAGGAUUCGGGGAUAGACUUUGGAGACAUCUCCAGCAGGAAGGCCCUGAGGAAGAAGCUGCAGUGCAAGACGUUCCGCUGGUAUCUGGUCUCCGUGUAUCCAGAGAUGAGAACCUACUCCGACAUCAUUGCCUACGGGUCGCUGAAGAAUUCGGUGAAAGCGGGACUUUGCCUUGAUCAGGGGCCAGACACGGACAAUACUCCCAUUGUCUACCUUUGCCACGGAUACGUCCCCCAGAGUAUUUACUACACCAGUACCCAGCAGUUGCACAUCGGGGCACUCAGCCCGACCAUCGACGACGUUGAUAUCAAGUGCCUGGUGGAUGUGAAUAGCCGGCCGCGGCUCAUUGAGUGCAACUACGCCAAAGCCAAGCGAAUGAAACUCUACUGGGACUUUAACCAGGGGGGCCCGAUCCAAAACAAGAAAUCCAAGCGCUGCCUGGAAAUCGUGGAAAACAUCGACAAACUGUACGGUUACGAGGUCGUCCUGCAGAACUGCAGCGGCCAACGUUGGACGAUAACGAACUACCAAAAGAACGUUAUUAUAACAACCUAGUGGGGCGCUUGGAGUUGCCUCUAGGGGGUACUGGGGCAUUGCAUAGAGCGGGGUACUGGGAGUUGCAGGUAGAGAGGGGGCUGCCAGUAGAACAAUAUGGAGACAGCAGAGCAAGAUGGCGACGGCACGACUACAACUCCCAGCAUGCACCCACGGCCAAAGGCAUCCGUGCCCCCGGGGGGGACUCGCAGAAGAACCCGAACUGCGUCGGGGGGUCCGACGCCAGAGCCUUUACAAUGCAGCACAGCCUACUCGGCGCUCAAUGGGUUAAGAAGUCACUACUUGAUUCCUUUGCUACCGUGUAGCAAACGUCAGACAGUUGCCUGCUGUAUUUUUUAUUGUAGUAUCGGUGAGUGCGAGGAACGGUUGCCGGGGCUUUCGGCUCUAUGUUUCCUACUUUUCUUCUUCGCGGUUUUUAAGAGGCGACGAAUGUUGGUGAUGGUGGAAAAUACUGUUUUUUCUUUUUGCAACUUGAAGUGUAAAUAAAUAACAAAUUAAGCUAUUUAUAAUAGACAAUAAAGUUUUAUUGUUAAAAA